AUGCAGUCGAGCCAUUUGCAGGAGCUGUACUUCUUCAACAAGCUCUCCCUUCAGCUGCACAGUGAGGUGAAUCCCAUCUCCGACGCUGCCGUGAACUGCCUCGAGCCGGUGAGGCCUGCACCCGUGGUCGAGACCGUGCUGCCGGAGGACACCAACAAAGAAGACUGUUAA